AUGGCAGAAGUAAACCCAAAAGCAUACCCACUUGCUGAUGAUGAUCUCACUGUUUCUAUUCUUGAUUUAAUACAGAGUGCUCACAAUUACAACCAAGUCAAGAGAGGUGCCAAUGAAGUUACCAAGGCUGUGAACAGAGGUAUCGCUUCUUUUGUCAUCUUGGCUGCCGAUGCUGAGCCAAUUGAAAUUUUGAUGCAUCUCCCAGUGUUGUGCGAAGAUAAGAAUAUUCCAUAUUGUUUUGUGAAAAGUAAGACUGCUUUAGGACGUGCUUGUGGAAUCUCUCGAGAAGUUAUUAGUGCAACAGUGAUAAAUAAUGAUAACAAUGCUGCUUUGAAGAAGCAAGUCAACAGUUUGAAGGAUGCCAUUGAGCGUAUUAUUGUUUAA